GAGCGGCGGCGGCGGCGGCGGCGGCAGCGCUCGGCGCGGGGCAGAUGAGGAGCGCGGCGAAGGGGGCCGGACGGACAGGCCAUGCUGCCCCCUCCCCCGACCCCGCUCGGGCGGGCGGGCGGGGACGGCCGAGGGGAGGGCCCGCCGGGGGCCGACCUGCCGGCUCCUCCCCCCGCCGCCCUGCGAGCAUAAAUCCCAGCGCUCGCCGGUUCGACCGGGCGCCCGCGGAGGCGGCGGCGCCGGGACCCCGCUCCCGCCGGGCUCCCGGGUCCCCGAGGGCGAGAGAGACCCCGAAUCCCGAGGCGGGCCGGGACCUGGGCGCGGCCGCACCCCCCAUCCACCCCGGCACGGGGGCCGGGCCGCGGGAACGCCCUCUCGGAAUGAAGCGCUUCCCGGUGCCUUCAAGCCGUGGACUCUAUAGUCUGUUGAGAAACCCCCUGCCCCGAGCCCGGGUUCUUGGUUUGCCGCUGCCCGCAACCCCCUCCAGUGUGAGGAGUCGCCACCGUUUCCCUCACUCCCCGGCUCCCUCGUGUCAGCCCUACUCGGACUUCCGUCUGGAUUCGGGAAAGCAGGUUCCAGAGGCUCACCGCCCAACUCCCCACCGAGGCUGGGGGAAAGAGUUCUAAGCCCCACUCCAUCGGAUUGGAAGAACCUAGGCUGCCUACCCACUGCGUCUGGAGUUACUUCUCUCCGUCCGUCUCAAUUUAGAGUACUCCCAUGGAGGCAAACGCCUUCCCGUCUUCCUUCUCCCCACACCCCCAUCUUCUGGGUCUCUGAGAUCCUCCAGUGCUUUCACCCCAGGCUCCUGGGGGCCAUCUCAUCCACCCCUUAAACUCCCUCCUCUAGCCUGGGAACCCCGAGGAAGUCCAUCCUGGAUCACCUCCGGACCCAGGCCACUCUCCCUAUCCACCACCUCUCCAAAUCCAUAUCCUCUCCUCAAUUCCUUGGCUGAAACCAGCCAAGAAAGGGUCAAAGUCAGAGGCUAAGGCAGCCACUCCUCCCCAAAUCCCCAACACUGCUGGGGGUCUCAGUGCCACACAAACCCCUCCCUCCCAACUCACCUCCCACUCCUUCCCCCCCACUCUUCUAUCGCUCUGUGUAACCCAGUGACAAUCCCUGAUGACAAGCCCCUUGCUCACCUUGACCUCCAUCUUCAAGUUAGCCACCUUUUAUUAACGUGUGCAGGAGCUCCGGGCAACGUAACCCUGACCUCUGGAAGGAUGCCCAUCCCCCUCCUCUCAGUAUAUUUUCCCUGCCCCCACCCCACCCCAGCCACCUCUAGUAGAAGAACAGGAGAAACUCAGGUUAAUGGUUUCCUCAGGGACCUUCUGGGAACACUCAGCAGGUAUAUCCUGCCACUCUGUGUGCAUAACACUAGAAACAAACUUGCUUUUUCCUGUUUUUAUCAUCUGACUGGUCUCACAAUUUCUCAGAAUCCCCUGGACUGGGGGUGGGGGGCACCCCACACAGGGUAUUUCUCACCAUCUUAAUACAAACUGGGACAUCAGGUGUGUCCUGGGAGAGACAUGGAUAAGGGUCAGCAAAGAGCACCUCCGGUGUUAGGGAACUGAUCAUUCCUGGGUCUAAAUUUCAGGCUUCCUGCGUGUAAAAUGGGGCCAGUGGGGAGGUGCGGGGAGGAGGGAGCCCCAAAGCGCCCAUGAGCAUCGAUUUUGGUGCUGGUGCUCUUGGGAGGGUAGGAAACGGGUAAGGGUCAUUGGUGCAGAGCCAGCCAAGCCCGGUGAGUUAGGAACCAUUUAUUAGCAUCCUCAUGCAGGACCUCAGAGGAGGAAGUUUCUACUUGUUGUCACUACCUGUCACGUGUGGGGUGAAUUUACAGAAGUCCCCUCCCACUGCAGGUUCUCACUGCAGGUUCUCAUCCCAGUCUCAUUGCUUCCUUCCACUUUGUUCACAGUAGGGGUGAGGAGUCCUUCUAGAGGUAACCCUCACAGGACAAUGCAGCUGUAAAUGGAUGAUCCUCACAGUAAAUUGAAGAUCUCAGUGGUAUUAAGAAAAAACGAUCUUUAGAGCAACUGGCCCAAACCCCAGAAUUAGGAGAUUAGAGGAUUCGGUUCCAGCUCUUUCUCUCUUGUAUGACACACCCUGGAAAUCACUGAGAGAAUUAAAGCAUAAAUUGCUUUAUACUUUAAAAAAUCGUUUCGAGAAAUACAGUGGGCAAAUGACAUUCCGCCCAAGCACCAAGAUGCAACUUGGCACAUUCAUUCAUUCCACAAAUACUUAUUGAACACUUUCUACCUACCAGACACUGUCUUAGGUGCUAUAUUCCUACCACCUACCUUGGAGAAACUUGCUUACUAGAGA